GAGCCAACCUGUGGGAGAACAACUUUGAAGUUGCUCAGUUAACUAAAGUUGUUAGACAAGAAAAUGCAGCAUUUGCAGAGAUGCUCAAUCGCCUCAGAACUCAUACAAAGAAUGAACCACUCGACGACCAUGAUGUUCUCAGUCUGACACAGUGUGAAACAGGUGAAGAAAGCACAGCCAUACACAUUUAUGCUACAAAUGCAGAAGUCGAUGAGUAUAACAUUAAGAGACUGCACGAAACCUGCCCUGAUGCAAUCAGCAUAAAAGCUCAUGAUUUUGUACGAAGUCCCAAAACUGGAAGAAUGGAACCCAAAGUAGGUUUUCAUAGAAAAGUGUUCAAUUCAUGCCUGCCAAAGUGUGUGUCUUUGGGUGUUGGAGCAAGAGUGAUGCUGAAAAAGAAUAUAGAUGUGUCUGAUGGCCUUGUCAAUGGAGCAUGUGGCACAGUGGUGAAAAUCAUUACAGGUAAAGACCAUGAUGAUCUCCCUGCAGCUAUACAUGUGGAGUUUGAAAAUCCAAAUGUUGGUAAGAUACAAAGACUGAAAGCAAAAAGGGUUUCUGAACAUUCAACAAUCAUUGAGGUACAAGAAGACCAAGUAACACAUGAUGGCGGAAUAAGGAGACAAGUGCCACUAUGCCUCUCAUGGGCUGUAACAAUACACAAAUGUCAAGGCCUUACUGUUGAAAGAGCAGUUGUAUCACUCAAGAAGAUCUUUGCUCCAGGACAAGCAUAUGUUGCACUGAGUCGCCUGAAAAGUCUUGGUGGACUGCAAAUUGAAGACUUUAAACAGUCAGCUAUAUAUUGUGACAAUAAAAUCACCUUGGCUAUGGAAAGCAUGCCUGCCUUUAAGUUUGUAAAGACUUUGUCAUGUGAUGUAAACCCUGUUUGUACAAUAGCACUGCACAAUGUCCAGAGUUUAAAGGCACACAUUUUGGAUAUUGAAGCACAUAAAGCCCUAAUGAAAGCUGACUGUAUUUGCUUAACAGAGACAUGGCUCGAUGUAAACACAAAAGAAGAACCACAACUUGCAGGACACGUUUUCCACCACAACCCACGAGGGAACUGUUACGAUGACUCUGACCCAAUGUUUGCAGUGCUCAAACAACAACAAAGAGGUGGAGUUGAAGUUAUUGCAGGUCAUCUUUCACCUCGACAAGCAUGCUGGUAGAAAAAUGAUCAUGGGAGACUUUAAUGAGGACAUCUUGGUUUCAUCUUCCAUUCAAAAGUUACUGGAGCAGCAUGGCUACACUCAACAUGUGCGACAAUGUACAACUGAAAAAGGUACAUUAAUAGAUCAUGUGUACGUGAAAGACACAGAGGAUGUAAUUGUUGAAGUUACACAGACAUACUACAGCUUUCAUGACGCUGUACUUAUUUCACUGAUAUAAUGUUUUCUCU